UAAGAAAAACAGUUGGAAGCUUAGCAGCAUCAGACCAGUUUGAAACUGAUGAGUUACGAAGGUUUCUUCAAAUGUCAAGAAGCAUUGAAACAAGUUCAAUACCAUUUGGUGGUAUUAGAGAUGAAAGUUCAAUAUUAAUUAAUCCAUUUGGAGACCAAUUCGGCUGUCUGCAAAUUGGUUCAGAAGUAUUUGGGUCAACUAUAUCAAUGCAGCAUACAAGAAGCUUCUUUAUAAUGGCAAAUUUUAUUAAUCAAGAUGGAGCUUCUUGUAAUACAUAUGUUGGCCAAAUACAAUAUUUCAUUCGACAUGCAGUAAAUAUUAGCAAUCAUAAAUUAGAACAUAAUCUAGCAUUUGUACGUUGGUAUAAACCAGCAUCUAAUAGUUCUACAAGGUUCUAUUUUGGAAUGAAUGAGGAAGAAAAGCGAUUAUACAAUAUUGAACUUUGGACUAAAGACUUUUUUCCAAUUAGUCAUGAUUGUAUAAUAUCAGUUCAUUAA